CCGAAACGCGCACGCGAAAUGGAGGAAAAACGAAAAAACGGCAAGGUAAAUAAUUCUGGGAAGCAGAAAGGGGGCUAAAACUAAAAGUCCGUGGUCGAUUGGAUUUGGUAGAGGUGAAGUAUGGUGGUAGUAAAGGGAAUUCCAGCUCUGUGAACUUCCGUUCUCCGAAGGAGUAUCGAUUUCAUUUUCCACAGAAGAGACAGAAGUAGAAGAACCGCAUAUCUACUACUGAGGUUUCUGUGAAGUGAAGUUUCCCAGUAAGUCUGGUUGAACUACCAGGUUUGACAGUGGGGGAUAUAGUGUGCAUUACAGCCUCAUGACUUCUUCCGCGAACGAUCUUUCUGAUAAUAGUGAAGCUGAUGAGCAGCAAAAGCACUCGGAAUCUCAGAUUCAUUCUGUGUCUCCAGCAACCGGAAUGUCUCAUCCCAGUAUUACUUCAAAUGUUCAGUAUCCAACACCUCCGCAACUUGGAGCAGGACAUGCUUUGGCACCGGCAGCAUACCCAUAUCCAGAUCCUUAUUAUAGAAGUAUCUUUGCCCCUUAUGAUGCACAACCUUAUCCUCCACAACCCUAUGGUGGGCAACCAAUGGUCCAUCUUCAGUUGAUGGGAAUUCAGCAAGCUGGAGUUCCUUUGCCAUCAGAUGCAGUUGAGGAACCUGUUUUUGUGAAUGCAAAGCAAUAUCACGGGAUCCUGAGGCGUCGACAGUCUCGUGCAAAAGCUGAAUCAGAAAAUAAAGCUCUCAAGUCUCGGAAGCCAUAUUUACAUGAAUCUCGGCAUUUGCAUGCUUUAAGAAGAGCUAGGGGCUGUGGGGGUCGGUUUCUCAAUUCAAAGAAAAAUGAGAACGAACAGAAUGAGGUGGCAUCAGGUGACAGAUCGCAGCCCAAUAUCAAUCUCAACUCUGAUAAAAAUGAUAUUGCUUCCUCAGAUGGCACUUCCUGAAAUUUUAGAAAGCAAAGCAUGCACUGGGUUUCGCAAACCAGUCAUUCACCAACAAUGUUUAUUGGACCAAGGUUCCAUUCCAGCCUCAGUAGUCUCAGUCUUGUUUCAUUCUGGAUCUAUACUUAGAAUUCAGUAGCAUGUAUAGCUUAUCCCGUAGUUUGUCAGUCUGUAGGGAAGUUGCAAAAGAGUGUUGUUGAAGCACAGUAACUAUUAUCAUCUCUGAAAUGGAUUUCUUUAUAGGCUUAGCCUUUUUUUAAUAUGAGAGUGAUGGUUAAGCCUUC